AUGGCGCCGAUACCCACGCGAGACACCCCAAAUACAGUAUCGAACAAAAAAUCGACUGGGCUAGUCACUGUGGCUUCGUACAGGAGAAGACAUCACCUUGCGGAGGAGGUGCCAGGACUCUACAUUCGGCGCCUAACGCUCGAGGACCCCAGAAGGAGGGAACCGUCCGGUUCAAGGUCGCAGUCCCCGGCCCGCCAUAUCUGUCAUCCUCGUAGCGGCUGUGCACCCUCGGCGCGAGGAUCCUCGAGCUAUAGGUCUUGGCUGGAGAGACUGCGGAAGGAGAAUCCAGCAUUCUUAACGAUAGUGUCCCUAGAACUGCCGGAAUCGCCGAUUCCUCUGAUAGAGUCGCAGGCGAACGCCCGGUGGAGGCGCGACGAGCCUAAUGAAGUCGCGAGUGAGAAGGACGACAUCCUGGACGAAUUUCUGGAGAAGGUCACGGAGGCCGGAAAGGAAAGGGAGAAAAAGAGUCGCGCGGCGAGGAGCAAUCUGUCACGGAAAAGUCGGCGCAGCGGCAGGAGGAAUGGCGAAUCCUUGGAAUGUACUAAGGCGCUCGCCACCCUCGAAGAAUGCACGCGAAACAUUGUCGAAGGACCGAGCCGGCGGGACGCCGUCGACGGCGGCGACUGCAUAUGCUCCGAGAUACCGCAGGAUCUGCGAAUUAACAUUCGCAGGAGGACGACGGAGGUCGCGCGGCCGCCGUGCACACCGAGCCCGGAAGUGACUCAUACGAUUCGGAUCGCGAUGAAGUACCAGUCGGAACGCGUUGCCGAAGACGACGACGGCAGUCUGGACGAGGAGGACGAGGCGGCGGCGGCGGAAGAGGAGGGAGGUAGGAGAACGAAAAACGAGGGGAGCAAGAAGGAUCUUCAAGGUCCGUCGAACGCGAGGAAGGAACCGAUGAAGCAGGACGGCCGUUGCGUCGCCGGUGUGAAGGCCGCCUUAGACUUCACACUAAAUUGCAAUAGCGUGCGACUGACUUCUCGUGACACGAGCCUGAAGACAACGACGAGGAGCGAGAGGCAGGAGCGGCCGGAAACGCGAAGUUAGUUCGCGUGGGUUUCCUCUCGAA